UCGUUUCAGGCGGAGGGAUCCAGGCUGGCUGCGGGUGCGGCGGCCCAUCUUGGCUCCUCUCGGGGAGGGGGGAGGCGGCUCUGUAGCCGGCACCAUGGACGAGGCCUACGACGUGAUCGUGCUGGGCACCGGCUUGACCGAAUGUAUCCUUUCGGGUAUCAUGUCUGUGAAUGGCAAGAAGGUGUUGCACAUGGACCGGAAUCCAUAUUAUGGGGGUGAGAGCUCAUCGAUUACCCCGCUGGAGGAGCUUUACAAACGCUUUGAGAUUGCGGAGGGGCCCCCUGAGUGCAUGGGACGUGGCCGGGACUGGAAUGUUGAUCUUAUCCCCAAAUUCCUCAUGGCCAAUGGCCAGCUUGUGAAGAUGCUGCUGUAUACAGAAGUGACACGCUACCUAGAUUUCAAAGUGGUGGAGGGCAGCUUUGUGUACAAGGCAGGAAAGAUUUACAAGGUGCCAUCGACAGAGACAGAAGCACUGGCAUCCAAUCUCAUGGGCAUGUUUGAGAAGCGACGCUUCCGCAAGUUCUUGGUGUUUGUGGCAAACUUUGAUGAGAAUGAUUCAAAGACCUUGGAGGGAGUGGAUCCUCACGUCACCACCAUGCGCGAGGUCUACCGACGCUUUGACCUGGGCCAGGAUGUCAUUGAUUUCACGGGACAUGCACUGGCGCUCUACCGCACUGAUGAUUACUUGGAUCAACCCUGCUUGGAGACCAUCAACCGCAUCAAACUGUACAGUGAAUCCCUGGCCCGCUAUGGGAAGAGCCCCUACCUCUACCCACUUUAUGGCCUGGGUGAGCUUCCCCAGGGCUUUGCCAGGCUCAGCGCUAUCUAUGGUGGCACCUACAUGCUCAACAAGCCAGUGGAUGAGAUUGUCAUGGAAGGUGGCAAGGUCAUUGGAGUCAAAUCAGAAGGAGAGGUGGCACGCUGCAAACAGUUGAUCUGUGAUCCCAGCUACGUGCCAGAUCGAGUGCGCCCAGCAGGGAAGGUUGUGCGUGUCAUCUGCAUUCUGAGUCACCCUAUCCGUGGCACCAGUGAUGCUAAUUCCUGUCAAAUCAUUAUUCCCCAAAAUCAAGUGGGACGCAAAUCUGAUAUCUAUGUCUGUCUCAUUUCCUCUGCCCACAACGUGGCUGCCCAAGGCAAGUACAUUGCUAUUGCCAGCACUACUGUAGAGACAGACUCUCCUGAGAACGAAGUGCAGCCGGCUCUUGAACUGCUUGAACCUGUUGACCAAAAGUUUGUGGCCAUCAGUGAUAUAUAUGAACCCACUGAUGAUGGAACUGAAAGUCAGAUUUUCUGUUCACGAUCAUAUGAUGCCACCACCCACUUUGAGACAACAUGUGACGACAUCAAAGACAUUUACCGGCGCAUGGCUGGGGCUCCAUUUGACUUUGAAAGCAUGAAGCGGCGCCAGAAUGAUGUCUUUGGCGAGAACGAGCAGUGACCGUUUCCUUUCUCUUUCCCCUGAACCCCACCCUCCCUGGGUUUUUCUCAUGUAAGGGACCACACUCCCAGCUAGGGACUGGCUUAAUUCCCACACCUCACUGAGAUUGGCUCUUCCUCCAGAUCCUCAUUCAGGCUAUGCCAGAUUUCUAGUAACUUCUUUCCUUGUAAGCGACAAGGGAAAAAAAUUGUAAAAUAAUUUUUCUUCUUUUCCCCUUCCUCUUUUUUCUGCGUGCAAGAACAAGAUAAUCCUCUCUCUAAGAUUGAGGCUGGAUCAAGUUGAUGCAAUCUCAAUCCUUUGAAGACAAGCCUCGUUCAGUUUUUCCAGUGCCUGUAGGGAUUUGGGUCCAGGCUGUGUAUUACAUACAAUUGCAUGGGACUGAAUUCUGCCCCCUCCUAGGAAGAAGCAUCUUUGGACACAGGAGAUUCUGCCUACUUUUCUGUUGCUGCUCCUCCUUUCUCCCUGUGGGUUCCACGAAUACAAGGAAAGGUAAAUCCAUACCUGAGAGGAGGCAGAAUUAAGCACACCUAUUACUUUUUCAUUGUAGGUUAUCCCAUCACUAGUCUAACCAAGGAAAAGAAAAACAGCCCCUGGCGUUUAAAAGCAUGCAUGUGACAUAUGUUUUGGCCUUAAUUCUUGCUAUUGAUCUCCAGCUGUUACCAUCUGCUCACCCUUCUUCAUUCUGUUUCCCCUCCAUUUGCUGGACGCUUUCAUCUCUGCCAGCUGUGCCCCUCUUACUCCUCUGGGCCUCGCAUUUCUCCCUUUCUGCGCAUAGUGAACCAGCUUGCUGCGUAACUUGCAAUGGACCAUCUGGGACCAUGUCUCGCCAUGCGUAUAAUCAGCCUUUCCUCAUUUUUCCGUUUUCCCCAAUCAUGAUGUGAACCUGCAUUCCUCUGUUUUGAGAGGAGACCGGAAUAGGGUGAGGAUGUGGGGGCGGAAAGAGCCAUUCUGAACCAUCUCUUCCACACACGCUGCCCCUGCAGCUGGUCCCAUGUCCCCAACCUUGCCACUUCAGAUGCCCACAGGCCUGUUUGUCUUGCAUCUGUUUCGUCCCCCAACUCCCCUUAGUUUCUUUAGCCUCAAGCGUGAGAAGAUUUGUAUGUGUAUGUGUGUAUGUCUCUCUCAUGUGCUGGACAUAGGGACAUGGAGAUGAUUCUGUCCCUUUCCACUUGCUGCCACCUGCUGUAACUUAUUGUAACUUAUUAAUGAAGCAGGUUAAACUUUUGUUGGCACUUCUGACAAUUAAUGAGGUUUGGGUGGGGGUUAGGCUCUGGCAUGAGUAAAGAGGCCUGGGGCCCAUCCUGCAUCAGAGCCUGCCUGCCUUCUGAAGCCAGCUUUAUGGUUAACAAUCUGUCUGUAACUCUAGGGGGAUGUGAGGGGUCAGCUCUCUCCACCCCACAACUGCUCAGUUGUCUCAAGAUAAUAAAUUCACUUAGUCUA